UACUGUGUAGCGGAAAACGGUGGAGAGCACAACAGCUGACAGAAUGAGAUUUAUUUAACAGAUAGACACAUAAAUAGAGAAAAACACAUAAGAAUGGGUAUAGAUUAAACGCUUAUCUCCUAAAAUAGUGACACACGGAAGACGAGGGAUAACCACGAGUACAUGUCUGUGUAGUGCUCCCGAACGUAUAGAGGCUGAACAGCAGAAUGAGUUCCAUUCACAGGCGCCAGCUGAGUCAGCUGCUGGCAGUAUGGAGGCUGAAGAACAGGUUGGAGGUUUCUCUGUGCCCGGCUGCUGCCUUUCACUGCAGGACAGUCUGCUCCACCUCCUCAGAACCAGGAGACCCCAUAGAGGUGCACAGGAGGAAGCUGUUCCUGUGGUUCAGUCACCUCCCUCAGGAGGAGAAACAGUUCGGAGGUUACUUCAGUCCAGAGAAGAUGCACGUGGACCCUUUAAUCCUGGAGAGAAACACAGAGGAAAGAGUAGGCCUGCACUGCUCCCCCCUCCAGGCCCCUUCCCCCUCCUCCCAUGUAACUGUGGAGCAGCUGUUGGACCCCUCCUCCUGCUGCGACGGGCGGGGCCUCAACGUCCUCCUGUACGGUGCCGUGGGGACCGGGAAGAGCACACUGGUGAGGAAACUGGUCCUGGACUGGUGCAGCGGGAAGACCCUGAGGCAGUUCAAACUACUGAUUCCCUUUUCCUGUGAGGACCUCUCACAACUGAACAAGACUGCCUCCUUACGGGACCUCGUGAGCAGGAAGUACCUCCACCUGAGUAAACACCCCCUGCUGAGUGGAGCGGGGGACCAGGCGAAGGACGUGCUCUUCCUCUUUAACGGGAUGGAGAAGAUGAAGCUGGACUUUAGGAUCGGAGCUUCGGAGCUCUGCAGUGAUCCCAACGAGUCGGUGCCUUCAGAUGUGCUGGUCGUCAACCUGCUCAGGAAGUACCUGCUGCCUGAGGCGAGUGUCUUGGUCACCACCCGGCUGUCGGCUGUGGAGCGAAUACCUCAGAAGUACGUGAGUCGUUACGCUCAGAUCUGCGGCUUCAAUGACCCAGAUCGCCAGCGUGCAUACUUCACUAGCCGCCUUCUGCAGCAGACGGGGGAGACAGAUAGAAACCAUGAAGCCCAUGCGCUCAUUGAGCUGCUGUACCUGAACCUUCAGAGAGAGAGCCAGCUGGCUGCUGCCUGCUUCCUGCCCUCAUACUGCUGGCUCACCUGUGCUACUUUACACUUCCUGCACUUCACUGAUGCCAAAGCGCCAAUACGCACACUCACCGGCAUCUACACAAGCUUCCUCAGGCUCAACUUCGGGGGGGAAGUGCUGGAAAGAAAGACAGGGACAAAUGUUCCCAUUCAGGACCACAGCUCUCUGAUGCUGUAUGUUGUCAGAACUCUGGGGAAACUGGCAUAUGACGGCGUGACGUACAAACGCACAUCAUUCUCAGAGAAGGAACUGGAGCAGUGGAUUGGUGGGAAAACAAAGACUGAUGAAGAGCUCCAUCAGCUUGCCAUAUUUCGCACAGACGUGUUGGAUUUCUUCCUGGCUCCCUGCGUAGAAAACGGGAAACAUUUUGACGAGGAGGAUGGUGAGAAUGAUAUGAGUCGAUAUGUGUUUGCCGUCCCAGCCAUGCAGGAGUACCUGGCAGCGCUCUACGUGGUUCUGGGAGAAAACAAGUCCGCUCUGGAGAAGAUGACCCGGCAAGUAUCUGUGGCCAUUGGUCAGGCUAGUGAAGACGUAGGUGCACUAGUCAGCAUCCUCUCCAAGGUCAUCCCUCUGCGUAUCUUUGCUGUGUUCAACCUGCUGAAGCUGUUCCCCAAGGUCUACGAUCGAAUCAACCGCUACAACAAAGGAAGCAUCGCCAAGACAAUGGCAGCCGAGUUGUUUCGCAAUGAGGACAGCCACAAUGAGGAUGUCCUGGACCAGGUGGAGCAAAGCCUGCUGGGAGUUCAUGGCCCACAGCUGCAGCAGGGCACUGAGGGUCAGCCCUUUGAGCUCUACCCCAUCUUUAUGGGAGGACUGUUGCAUUAUGGGAAUCGAGUCCUCCUGCAGCAGCUGGGCUGCAGCAUCCAGAGCAGCACUGUGGUUCAGAUCACUCGGGCGCUCAGAAAGUACCUGGUCAGAGAGCUGAAUAAACCUCAGCCCCCUGAGGAGGUGAUGGACCUGCUGGUUCUUCUGUACGAGUUUCAGAACCCCCGACUGACCGCUGAUGUUCUGGCCUCCAUCAGAAGCAUCUGCCUCACCAACAUCCGCAUGACGUCUCUGAAGUGCUUCAUCCUCAGCUCAGUGCUGUCAUGCACACCUGCCAGUUAUCACAUGCAGGAGAUGGACCUGUCUUCAUGUCUCCUCACUCAUGACAUGCUAAAGACACUGGGGCCGGCCUUCAGACACGUAACCAGCCUCAAUCUGCAGUUUAACAGCCUGGGCCCUGACUCCUGCAUCCUCCUGAGAGAUCUGCUGCUCGAUCCAAAGGCUUCCAUUAAAUCUCUACAACUGUGUGAUAAUCCUCUGAUGGAUUCUGGGGCCCACACCCUCCUGGAGGCCCUGCCAGAGAACCAGAGCCUGACCUACCUGUCCCUGAUGCACACUGGGCUGGGGGAUGCAGGGGCCCUGGACCUGGCCGGCAAGUUGCAGAAACACAUGGGGCUGCAGGAGCUGAACGUUGCGUACAACAACAUCGGAGACAACGCUGCUCUUGCUCUGGUGGACGCCUGCAGGGAGCACCCCAACAUCCACACCUUGCAUUUGUACCUGAAUCCUCUGAGCGACGUUGGAAAGCAGUCUCUAUAUGUCCGUGGCAUCACAAAGAGUCAUGGGGGCAGCGGGCGGCGAGUCCGGGUCCUGGCCUCAGUCACUGAAGGUUCAGACUUGUCAGAGGACUGGCACCCAAUCCUCAGCGUGAUCAGAGAGAACGCGUCGUCCUGGGACCGAGGGCGGGUUAAAGAGCAGCUCAAGGUGUUCCUCAGGGACCUGGAGUGGGGUCGUCAGCAGCAGCAGAGUCUCUGGAAGAGGCUUCACUUCCGUCGUGUAGAGAAAGGAGUGCGGCAGACUCUACAGAUGCUGGAGAAGGACACACUACCUCCACCUACAGGAUACAGCAAGUGACAAAUCUGAAACUUGAAAACCUCCCCUCUGAGAAUCCUGAAUGAAAAAACUUCAAUUCAGGUGUACUCUGCCUAUAUGAUCAAGUUUUAACAAGACUUAAGAACUGAAUAUAUUUGAGAUUUUGUUGCUUGGCUGACUUUUGAUUUGAUUUGUCAAACUUGGGACAGGUUUAAGUCUUCCACUUGUUCAAACUGAGACAGAAGAACAAACUGCAAUAAAACUAUUAUCUGAGAGGUGAGACAGUUAGAAAGACUGCAUUUAUAACAGCAAAAAGGGAUGUUUUCAGAUAAAAUAAACAAUAAAUAAAAGUUAGUUACUGAUAUCUUGUUGAAAUUGACUAGAAUUGUAUUUUACAGGCCAGUGGAAAAUGGUUCUGUUGUUCCUGUGAGAGUGAAAACAUAAAGUAGUUUAGAAAUAUGAACCUAAUGGCUAAAAGGCAAAGUUUAGACUUAUUUUUGGCAUCCAGAGGUGGUCUACAGAUAUUUGAUAUCAGUUUCAUACCUGAUGGUCUCCAGCCUGUGUCUCUGCUCUUUUUUUCGCGAUCUGUUUGCUGUUUUAGAAGAGACACUUUCAGGUUUUUCUGAUACUAACUCGGCAUUUCUUGCAUGUAUUUCAAAAUAAACGCAUUCAAUGUAAAGGCAGUCAGGGCCUUCUGAUGUUUAACUAGUAAGAAAAAGUGUUGUGGAAAAAGUGUUAACUUUUACACUGUCAUAGGUUAAAUAAGCAGUCUUUAAAGCAUCUUGAAUUUGUAUAAAAAGCAAUGUUUGUACAAACCAGCUGCCCCAGGGGCAAAAAGAGCCUAAAAAUAAGAACAAAUAACAACAAUGGGUCAAGUUUUGACUAAAUAUAUAGUAAAAUAACAUAAAUAGAUGCUUGAAACUAAUAGCUAGAUUUGAAGCUAAUACAAGGAACUAAUGCUCUGUGGAAAGGAUAAGCGCUCAGCAAAAAAGUCCCUAAACCUGGACUUGUCAGGCUUGAUAUUCAUACUAGCAUACUUGAGAUUCCUAUUUAGCCUCUAUUGUAGCCUUCUUAUACAUGGCACUGUUGUGGUCACCAGUGUCACCCUGCCAUAAUGCAAAUUUCCAGUCCCCGCCUACUUGCAGUGAAGUUAGACAUCAUAAUACACAUCCUAAUGUCUCUAAAAUGUGCUUUCACUUAGCCACCCACCACCCCUGGUACUCUAAAAUAGUUAAAUACCCUCUAAAAUGUAGUACAAAAUCACAUGCAUUUGCCAAAUCUGAAAAUACAACAUGUUAAUCCUUAUUCCUUGCCUUAGCUUCCUAAAUCUGAUCAUGUUAGUGUGUUCUGUGCACCCAGGAAAACCUAGGAUCCCUGUUUUCUGUACUGAUGUAUCUAUUAAACUAUUCCUUUCUAAAUAGCUAGUAAGCGUCUGUGCUACAAUACUAAAGAAAAUCUUUCCCUCCUCAUAUAACCGUUAAAUGGUUCUAAAGUGGUUUAGAUCAGAGGACUCCCUCUCCUUAGGAAUCAGGAUUCCCACUGCUCUUUACUAAAGACAAGGUUUGAGUGAAAUUAAAAAAAAUCAUUAACAGAGGAAAAGAAUGAUAUUGACAGCCUGCAGACGUGACUAUCAUGACAUCACUCUCUGCAGUGGAAGUACCGCUGCUGGCAUUAGGCUAGAAGCAUUUUUGACAGUUUUUACAUUUGAGGUGUAUUUUUGGGCCAUUAAGGAAACAGGAAGUAACUAUAAGUUAGCCUACUAAACACAAAUGUCAGUGACUCUGUCAGAUGUAGUUAGUCACCUCAAGGGUGCUCACAAACGGAGACACUUGAUAGGACCGGACAGAGAAAGGCAUUCUUCCAUUCACAGGCGGUGAUCUUAAAGGAUAUAAAAGCCCUGAUGCCUACAUAGCUGGCCUUGUGAAUACCUCCUUUUAAGUGCUUCUUUAAGAUGUCAAAAUAUUCUCAUUAGACAUUUGUUUAAGGGUUACACAUAAACAUAAAGGGGCAUUUUUAUGUGACUCUUCUGUUUUCACCAUCUCAUAAUCUUAGAUUAUGUAGAUUUUAUAAAAUGAUUUCCUUUUUCUAAGCUUUCGGUAUAAAAAAUUGCACUACACAGAUUAUAAUGGGGAAUUGUCACUGACAUUCAGUAAUUAACAUUUCAUUUUUUUUAUUUAACCUUAAUUUAACCAGAUAAAGACCCAUCGAGGUCGAGAUCUCUUUUACAAGGAUGACCUGGCCAAGAGGUCAGCAGCACACGUCAUAAUAAAUAAUACAUUUCAGUGAUAAAUUACAACAAUAAGUUAAAACACAAUAAUCUGGAAAAUGCAUAGGAAAUUGCAGAUAAAACAUGUCCUUUUUUCUAUCUGGGUGGGGGCAGGACAGACAUUGUGAUCCCAAAUGCAAAAGAUCAAUGAAACAAUGAGCCCAAAAUAAAUUCAGAAUAAUUUCAGGGUCUUACGUUUUCUUUUUAAAACUCACAGUCUGCUCUGAAAUAGGAUACAGAUAAGUCAGUUUAGAUCGUCUCUGUGGUGUUUUUGUUUGGAUGCACUAUAUUUGAACAUUUAACAAAUGUAAAAAUCUUUAAUUGAUUUUGGUAGUUGCACUGUCACAUAAACAUAAAGAUCUUUAAUGUUUUGAGGUGUUGUUUAGUAUAAAAAGUUGAUCUAAAAUGUUGUCAGAGGAGAAUAAAUCUAACCAGCUCUACUUUACAUUUUUAUAUAUUUUUGCUAUCAUGUUUUCUGGGGUCACAUGCAGACACACAUCUAUGCAAAGUAAUUUCUCAACAAUCAUAAAUGACUAUAUUUAUCCAUCCUGAUAAAUGUGCAUUAACUUUAAGGACUUGUCAACAUAUCAGAUGUUUUUACAGUGCAUUAAUCAAUUUUUCAUCUUUACCGCCUACGGAUGCAUUUGUCUUUGAUUCAUUUUAAAUAUUUAACAUAAUUUUGUUGUUGGGUUUUCUUUUUUUUGUUUGUUUGAAUGAGUGUUUAAGGUACCAAGCACAAAAAAUCCUGACAUCAAAUGUCCACUCACAUUCAGAGCCAUGUUUACAUCAGAUGUUAGCUUAUUUUUGAUGUUUCAGGAAGGUUUUGCACAGUGGUUUGUGUUUGAGAACAUUAAAAAAAAAAUUAGAAUGUUUUCUGUUGUAAUUUAAAAAAAAAAACAGUUUUAAAAUUUUGUUUCAGUAUGGGUACGUGAACAUUUCAGACCACAUGCAUCCCUCGUGGUCGUUUUUACAUCAGGGUUUAUCUAUUUGAUUAGGUGUUUGCUGUUUUGCACAUGUGAGAGGAGUUAUAGAUGGGUUCAGGGCUGCCUUAUUUAGUUGUAUUACAUAUCAAAAUGUCUUAUAAAGACAGAAAAGAUCAGAAUUUGUGAAUGAGCUGAGCUGAAAUGUCUCUGGAUGUAAAUUAUAGCCUGCUGCAUUAA